AUGCAGAACGCUCAAACUAAGCGUUCUACUCCAGAAAAUGGUGAAAGCAGUACAGGUGCAGACGUGAAAGAUGUCGCAGGAGCUGAUGCUGCGCUUGAUCAUAAGUCCGUUUCCAUGAUUGAAACUAAACCAAAUGCAGGAUGGCAAGCUUCCCACAGUAAUCUGGCUGCAUUGCAUGAAAAGGAGCAGAAGUACGAAAUGGAACACCACCAUGCUCGCCAUAAACUCCAUCGUCAAGUUAUUCCGGACUACACGUCUGCCUCGACGGCCAUGUUUAGUGACUGUAUGUUCAAUACUGAACCGGAUAAAGUACGAAGUCUCGAUACAAUGAAGUCUUCUGGGCUCUCGCCAAAGCACCCUUUCAACGUGGUCGCUACGUUCAAGGGUCGCUUCCCGCAGCAUAGUACAUUAUCGAAUGCUCCCGGCAGUGGGACCGCCGCCAAAGACCAUUUGCCUCUACCCAGGAAGGUACAGCACCAGCAGCAUCCUGCUCAUCGCCAUUAUAAGCAUAACGAUAGGGACAGUGUUAAAUCGCCCUCUCGGUCGUUCGUUAAGGAUAAGAAAAGACUGGUCCAUCGGUUCUUGAAAUCGAUGGAGCCCUCUUCAUCGGCACAGUCCAAAGAACCAUCUACGCUUGCACCGCCUUUCAACCCCAUAUUGCCCAAUACCAUGAGCAAGCCUUCCAAAGACAGUUCCAUACGGCAUUCGCACAUUUCCAACAAUAGUUCCAGCUCGCAGACAGACAUAUCGUUACAAAGUUUACUUUAUCAUGAUCUUGAAAUGUCUCCAAAGAGAGAAGUUUCAUCUUCGCCCUUUGCCAAGAAUUCAAAGUCCUCCGUUAUUUCCGGAUCCUCUCCUGCUGCUGAUGAUCCCAAUGAACUUUCUUCAAAAAACGUCUGCACUACCUCAUGUUCGUUGUCGUCGUCAUGUUCCUCGUCGUCGUCGUCAUCUUCAUCAUUCCCGCAGACAUUGGCCGUUGAUCCACUUGAACCUCCCGACAACAAAAAGUACAGCAGUUCCAAUUUUUCGUUGAAUUCUGACGAAUUGGACUAUUACCAACGUCAUAUUGGAUUACAGCUGCAGCAGACCGAAAAUUUACUGAAGCAUAAAUUGAAGGAUGGAGUCCUGAAAGAUGAGAAUGAUCUGGCUAAAAAAAUUGCCAACUUUGACAAGAUCAUUAAAGAGCUGAGGGACUUGAGAUCUCUGACCAUUGGAUGGGAAGAACUCGUUGAAGAAGACUACAUGAUGAACUUGCAACAAGAUUUCGACAAGAAAAACCCCGAAUCAUUUGAAUCACGUUUAACCGAUACUAUAAAUACAAAUGUCGCUAAACUACAAGAUUUAGAGCAAAGAGUGGCUUUUUGCAAGGAUAGACUGGCCUCCAGAAAGGAAACGAUGAGGAAAAUGGAAAGUUUACUGUCCUUGGAAAAUUCGUUGAUAGUAUCCAGAAAAAAUGUAAACUUCAUGUCCAAAUACCGUAACGAGGCCCUCGAUCUUCUUUCUUUAGUUAUCAUUAUCACCGUAUUUUAUUUCUUCAAGCAUGUAGUAUGGCAUUGA